AUGCCGCCCAGUUCUGCUCUGCAGUCGUCGGCACCAGACUCCUCAACCCUCCUCCCCGCCGGACCACCCCAAGCCCGAAGCCGCUCCGGACCCCAAACUCAACGUCGCGUCGCCAUCACCGUCGCCUGGAGGAACACCUCACCGGAGCCCCGCCCUGCCUCGACUCCAUCGCCGCACGUCGUCCACGUCCUGCCCCUCGACGGAUUUCCCCGCGCCUCAUCGGCGAACCCCUGCAUCGGGGGUAUGGAACCCCAUCUUCCCCUGUUUCCUCUGUCCGCGUCGCGCACCGCCGGCCUCGCCCCGCGCCUGCUCGCUCUACCGCGCGUGCCUCGGCCUGCCUUGGCCGCGCACCCCACGCACCAGGCCGCGCCUUCCCUGCAUCUACUUCUGCUACCGCCGUUCGUCCCGCCCCAGGCCACUCCGCGCUCGCCUCGGCCCCCCGUCCCUCUCCCCGCGAUGCCUCUUCCCCCUUCCGGCGCUCGCCUCCGGCUGCCGUGCCGCGGUGUUGGUCGCCGCUGA